AAAUGACCACUUGCUUUAUAGCAACCGGUCUCAAAUUUAUUUCACCUUGGAGUCUCAUGAGGACGCACUGCAUGAUGCAGAAAUAGCAUGUAAGCUCCGCCCAAUGGGUUUUAAGGCACACUUCAGAAAAGCACAAGCCUUAGCCACCUUAGGCAAGGUGGAGGAAGCACUAAGGGAGUUUCUAUAUUGUGUGUCCCUCGAUGGAAAGAACAAAAGAGCAAGAUCUGAAGCCCAGAGGCUUCUCCUUAGUUUCUUUUCACCAUCAGUCCCGGGGGACUCUCAGGAACAUUUUCCCGAUAUCCUGAAGUUGUUGGCACCUCACCCUAGAUUAAAGGAACACGUAGAAUCAAUGGCUACUGAAGGCACCAGUCAUAAUCUACCAAAGUUGUCACAGGAAAAGCCGGAGCUCCCACACUGUUCUAGUCAGGAGGAAGCGGCGGCGGGGGGAGACCGCAGCAGCCUGGCAAACCCAGUUAAAGUAGAGGGGGAGGGGCAGCGAGGCGACCAGAAAGGCCAGGCAAGAGACAAGGAGGAGAAGGGGGACGCUGCCUCCGCCAAGGCUGGCAAAUGCCAAGAAAAGAAAAGGAAGCAUUGUCAAAUUGGAACCCAAGACCCAGAGGUGCCUACUAAAGCCUUGAAGCCAGACCCUCCGGCUGAGCAGUGGGCCGAGGCUGCUGUCAAUGCUCCACUGCCAUCCUCUGUGGACGCGUCUGACCUCGAAUGCGCCCUAUGUAUGAGAUUAUUCUAUGAGCCAGUCACCACACCUUGUGGGCAUACAUUUUGUUUAAAAUGCCUUGAAAGAUGCCUAGAUCACAAUGCAAAGUGUCCAUUGUGCAAAGAUGGUCUUGCACAGUGCUUGGCAUCCAGAAAAUAUAGCAAAAAUGUCAUAAUGGAAGAGCUAAUAGCUAAAUUCCUUCCAGAAGAACUCAAGGAACGAAAGCGGCUUUAUGAAGAAGAAAUGGAAGAACUUUCUAACUUAAAUAAGAACGUGCCUAUUUUCGUGUGUACUAUGGCCUAUCCCACCGUUCCUUGUCCCCUGCACAUCUUUGAGCCUUGUUACCGUCUGAUGAUUCGUAGAUGCAUUGAGACAGGCACAAGGCAGUUUGGCAUGUGCCUUGGAGAUCCUGUCAAAGGCAGGUUCGCGGAAUACGGCUGCAUCCUGGAGAUCAGAAAUGUUCAGUUCUUUUCUGAUGGCCGCUCGGUGGUGGACAGCAUAGGCAAGAGGCGCUUUAAGGUCCUCCAUCAGGGCCAGCGAGAUGGUUACAAUACAGCCGACAUUGAAUACAUUGAAGACCAAAAGGUUCAAGGAGACGAUUAUGCUGAGCUCAUGGGAUUACAUAAUUGUGUCUAUGAGCAAGCAUCAUCAUGGUUUCAUUCGCUCAAAUCAUCUCUGAAGAAUCGGAUACUCAGUCACUUUGGUCCAAUGCCAGAGAAAGAUGCUGAUCCCCAGGUUAACCCAAAUGGUCCAGCCUGGUGCUGGUGGACGUUAGCGGUUCUUCCAUUGGAAAGCCGAGCUCAGCUCCCAUUCCUAGCAAUGAGGUCCUUAAAGGAUAGACUGAACGGUAUUCGGCGAGUCCUGGCCUUUAUAUCCCGAAACCAAAACUAGUGAGAGUGGAUUGCUGAAGAGGAGCCGCCACCCUCCCCACCGCCCUUGGGGGAGUCAUCUUGUAAAUAUAUCUAAUUGCAAUAACAUCUUAACAGAAGGAAGUAUCAAACAGGCAUUUCCCUGCUGUUGAUCACAGAGAGAACGUGUGUAGAAAGACCAAAAGCAUGGGACCUGUUUGAAACUUUCUGUCUUAAGAUGCUUCUUGACAUGCUGCACAACUACAUGCUCAGCAGAGGUGUUUAAAAGCCCAGAAGAAAAAAAUUAAUUUGAUUUCGACAUCAACUUUUCUGAAAGUUUAAAGUGGUUUUACUUUAAUUUUCUUUCUUGCAUAGUUAAGUGUGUGGUUGAAAUGUGAAGCACAGAUACUGAUAAUGUUGCUGCGUUAUUUCACUGACUUGAGUUCUCAUUCCAAACGGUUCAGGUUUUAUACAGUAUUGUGUAAAAUAAUGUUCAUCCUACAUUCUGUUUUAAUAAUUUAUUUUUUUGCACUACUGUAUCCUUUUUUUUCUACAUGUAUGUUUGUAACUAUUUAAGUGUAUGUUACUGAAAAGCCAGUUGCUUUAUUUAUUAACGUGGUUUACCAUGUACCUAGGGGGAAGUAACAGUACUAGAAAUGUGUCAUUUUUGCUUUAAUCGCAUUUUACUAUGUUUCUCGAACGAGCUCUCGAACCGUUUUUGUAUCUACCCCAUUGGAUGCUUAAAGGAAGUUCAGAGUCACGCUGAGACUACUGAUCUUCACAGGUUCCAUUUGGCUUUCAGUCUGAAUUCAACAAUAUAAGAUACGCAAGGGAUUUGCCAUACAUCAUGGAAUAAGCCAGGGUAAGGUAAAAUAAUCCAUUUUCUAUGUGUUACACAGAGCAGGGCUGAAGGAAUGAUUUUCCUUCAAUGAAGAGAUGAAUCAGAGGGGCAUCUUUUAGUACAAUCUAUUAUAGGCAUUUAUCUUAACAAUCUAAUUACAAGUGUAUAUUAUUUCUCCCCAGUGCAGUUAAGAGUGGGAUUUUGAGGCAGGAUGAUUUUUAACCCUUCAGAGGGAAUGGUUUUCAGUUUGACACAUCAUAGCCUCCAUACCCCACCUCUUCUCAGGGUUCUGAGGAUCACGACCUGGCUAGCAUGUGUGGAAACAUGUCAAGAAGGGCUGUUUGUUAUUAAAAGUGCAAAGAAGCCAGUAGAAAAAGUAGAACCCUUAAAAAAAAAAAAACCAGACAAACUGUCUUUUAGGUUUGUAAAUCUCUUUAAAGGAAACAAUGAAUCCAUGAUUUUAUCUAAGCACUGCCUUCCCUCCCAAAUGCCCAAAUGCCGUAGGCCAAAGAUUUCAAUAUAGGGGAAGAAUAGUGGGAGGGGAAGGGAAGAGGGAGCUCUUUUUUAGCCUGCUUAGUGCUAGUGUGAUUCCUUUAGUGCCAGGAGAACCUGAAAAAUGCCGUGAGGAUGGGGUGUCACAAUGACAGGGUGAAGAGAUUAGGAUAGGCAAGAAGUGAGUCCUGCCAUUCGCACGGUCGUGCACAUUAUCCCCCCACGUGAUGCUGGAUGGAUGCAGUGUGGCCCAUCCACCCCAUUGAGGAGAGGUUAGUGCCUCAAGUAACCAACCUGACUUCUUCCAUCACCACCUCUGGCCAGAAACAGAGAAGGGAGAAUGAGAUGAUCCAGGCAACAGAAAAGAGAUUCACGUAAGCAGAAACCAAAUGAUCUUUUCUGCACUUGCUAAAUGGAUGCUAUUUUGUCAGGGCAUUAUGUUACCAGGCUUGAUGUUGCAGCCAGACUAGGCUAGUGAAGAAUGGAAGUAUAGGCAUGGUUAUUGCCCAGGCAAAUUCUGCAAGGCUCAGGGAGCAGGAAACUAAAGGCUCCCCCUCCCACUUGGUGCCCAACCAUGAGGUCGUAGCAUAGUCCUAGUAAAAUAUUUUCCUGUCAUCUAGUGUAAGUGCAGCAAAGAAAUUGUCGUAAGCAUCUCCUCUUGGUAGAUGUUUUUGUUUUAUGAUUUAACUCUUUCUGGGCCCCAGGUUCCUCAUCUAGCAAAUGGUAGUGAUCAGUGCCACAUAGAGGGUUGCUAUGAACGUUAUAUAAGGUAGUAUAUAUGUAAAUCACUUAGCAGAGUGCCUAGCACCUAGGAGACGUUCGAAAAAUAAUAGUUUUGAUUAGGUUAUUCAUAGUUACAGAAUAUCAUCGGGGCCCACAUUUGCAUAAAACAGUUUACACACAGUACCCAUAUCUACCCCUUUAAAUGUAGUUGGGGGGAUCUACACCACUGAUUCUCGGACCAUAACUUGAUGCUUUACAGUUAAUUCCUUUUGGAGCCAAGUCUGUUUGGGAAAAUGAAAAGACUAGAAAACAAAUGAGGGUCAGAGACAAGGGAGACUUCUGGGCCGGUACAUUUUUCCCUAUUUCAAUAGGACUAAAAAGUAGUCCUCUUUGGAGGUCUGGAAUUUCAGAUAUAAUGGAAGCCUUAAGUUCUAGCUCCAUUAGAAUAACCAGCUCAUCUUGUUCUCCAAAAAGUAUUAAAAAUCUUGGUCAUGCCAGAGUGAACGAGUUUUACAAUCUGACUUUUGUGCUUAUUAGUUCAUGGGGUUUCUUUAUGCUGCCGCAACAGAAAUCUUUUGUGAACCUACUAUGUACCAGGCACUGAGCCAGGCGAUUCCAGGUUCAUUCCAUGAACAUACAUGAGUCCGUGGAAUCGCUUAUUUUCCAUAUCAAACCCUGUGAGAUCAGUUACUAUCCCCAUAUUAUAGAUGAGAAGGCUGAGGCCCUGCAAUGUUAGACAUUUUGCUCAGGUAACACAGCCAGUUAAUAGCCAAGCUUGAUUUUGAACCCCUUACUUUGCAGAUUUUUAACAUUUUAAACAGUUUAUGUUACACAUCAUUUUAUUAGAUAGGCAUGGCAACCGAGUCACAAAAGUGAGCCCCAGAAGCUCAUAAUUCAAAUGGCAGUUGAGGGUUAAGUAAAAUUCAGUUACCUCACACAUCUUCACUUAAUCUAGGUAGAAAGGGAAGUUUGAUUUUUUCAAAAUAAAAUUCUACAUUAUAGAAUAUUCCAUGUUGAUAAAUGAGAAUCUAACUCCAGCAAACAUAGAUCUUGGCUGGGCAGAAUUGCAUUGUACUCUCAGUAGCUUAAAUACACAUUUGGGUUGUUUUCUAGCAAGCUUUUGUUUCAGCAGUGGUUGGAGGUAAGAUGCAAGGCUGAUAAAGCCUUGGCUUUCUUUGGGAUGUACUUGAAUGGGUAGUCAUUUGAACAUGACCAUUUUCACUACAUAUAAAUUGAUUUUGCUGCCAAGCUUGAGUAUGAAGAAUGUACAGAGAAAAGACGUAAGGCUAAAUCUAGGCCAGAAGUACAAGACUUCCCCCUUGGUAGAUCGUGCCAUUUAUUUGGUUAAUUUUCUUAUUAUAACCUAGAUUAUACUUAGAUUAUUUUCUGUGUGUGUGUGUAUAUGUGUGUAUAUAUGUAUAUAUGUGUGCAUAUAUAUAUAUAUAUAUAUAUAUAUAUAUUAGGUACCAAGCAGAUAUUAUGCCUUUCUGCUUUGUACUGUACUACUGCUGCUAGCUAAUAACCAGCAAAAUGUAGAAAAUGAAAAAUGAUAAACUAAUUUUCUAUAGGCAACUUGGAGAAAAGGGUGCCUGCCCCUGACUUAAUGGGGCAGAGAACUGACUAUUUUGAGAAUUUGCCUUUUCUGAAGGCUGAGUGCUUCUAGCCCCAUGGCGUUUCCAGCUCUGCCUGUGGGGCUGGCCUGGGCUCAGAUAAUCCCCUGUGACUGGCUGUCGGAGUAGUGGAGCUCCUGAGGCUGGGUUCACAGCACCCAGAGGUCUCUUAACUGUCAACAGAUGGCAUGCUGUUGAUGGACCAGAAUCCAUCAGGGACUGUGUUCCCUCUGCCAACUCCCAUUUCCAAGUUGGGAGCUUCAUUCAAGGACUCAGUUCUUGAGUUCCCAACAUGUUGACUUUGCAUCCAUUUCUCUUUAUCGAGGCAAAAUCAUAGCAGAGGUGUAUAAUAAAGAUGCAAAUGCAAGGCAGCCCAAAUAAUGGAAAAGGACAGAUUUUUCAGCCCAUCUGGGGCUUGAGGAAUGAGGUUUUGAUUUAGGAUUGAAAGCAGUUCUGAAAAGCAGCCAGCUGCAUGGGCUACAGUUUGUGCCCCUUCCUGAGUGCAGAGAGAAAAAAGGAAAAGGAGUCACGUAAAAUGUACGCAUUCAGUUCCUCUUAGACGGAUAGCUCCCACUGUUCAACUGUUUAAUAACCUGGGUGGUGCACAUCCAGAGGUGAAAUGAAGUUGUUUUCACUUACAAAUGGUUAUUUUUCAAUGCGCUAAGUUAACCUUGAGAGAGAAGUGCCUCUAAUCUCUGUUCCUGGUGUCCUUUUAAAGCUUUUGCUUCAUGACUGUAGCAGUUAAAAAUUUGUCGCAGCAAAUGUGAUUAACAGAAGUUUACAGAGCAAUGCUGUAGCUGGUGUCCCGUUAAAAAUUGCCUAACAUUUAUCUAUUGUCAAAGCAACAACAAUAACAAAAUAAAAGGAGAGCAAAUAGGUCAAUGUGGCGUCAUAGGCUUAUCUUCGAUAAACUAGUUCCAUCAUUUCAGGCAGUCCUCAGUCAUGCCAGGAUUAAAAUAUCAAGCAGGCCACUCAAACAGUGGCAAAUGUGUCCGUGUGUCUGUGAGUCCGGUUGUUUGUUCAGCAGCCAUUUUACUUUCGCACUGUAAUAAACUGAAAGGGGAAUUAAGAUAAUGCUUCCCCCCUCCCCCGUUGCUAUUCAACUACCUCUAUAUGCUUGGUUUCUCUUUAGGGGUUUCUUUCUUCCAAAUCUGUAAAAAAUGCUGUUUCAGCUCAUCUAUAUUGUAAUAGCAAUGUGAUUGAUAUAGACAGUUGCUGUGAAAGCUGUUCAUUCUUUAAAAAUGUUUCCUAUUGUCUCACUUUAUAUCUAACAAAGCUCUACCCAUAACCUUAGGGCGAGAAUUACCUAGAUAAGUUAUCAUUUUGUUGGAAGCUGAAUAGAAGGGAAAGCUAUUGGACCAUCUAUUUUGUUCUUGUUCCUGUUGCCUAUAAUACAUUUGACCAGAAGAUCUUUCAAGGAAGUAGACCUGAACUCAGACAGUAAGCUGUCACGUAUCUGACAGGCCGGCGUGAGCUAGUUAAUGUGACUGAUGUGUUCUGAAAACCUGGCCAGAAAUUGUUUUUUAAAAAUGCAUAAAUUGUUUUUAAAAAAAAUCUUGUUAUUUGAAGACUUACAUUGAAGCGUUUUGCCAAUAAUCCACCCCUAGUCUGUAAAUCCGUUCAUAUGUUGGGUUUGCUUAAAGCAGAAUACACUACCUACUGUUUUCUUUGCCAAUAUAAAAUGUUUGUGAAAAGCAA